AGGGACUCAUCAACCAGGCCUGGCCUCUGAGUUCAACGCAGAGCUAGCUGGGAAAUGUUCCGGAUGUUGGCCAAGGCCAGUGUGACGCUGGGCUCCAGAGCGGCAGGUUGGGUCCGGACCAUGGGCUCGUAUCAGCUGCUGGUGCCACCGCCAGAGGCCCUGAGCAAGCCCCUGUCAGUUCCUACGAGGCUCCUGUUGGGUCCGGGGCCCUCCAACCUGGCUCCCCGUGUGCUGGCGGCGGGAAGUCUGAGAAUGAUUGGCCACAUGCAAAAAGAGAUGCUUCAGAUCAUGGAGGAGAUCAAGCAAGGCAUCCAGUAUGUGUUCCAGACCAGGAACCCCCUCACACUGGUUGUCAGCGGUUCAGGGCACUGCGCCAUGGAGACUGCCCUGUUCAACCUCCUAGAGCCUGGGGACUCCUUUCUAACCGGAACCAAUGGCAUCUGGGGAAUGCGGGCUGCAGAGAUUGCUGAUCGCAUUGGAGCCCGUGUGCACCAGAUGAUCAAGAAGCCUGGAGAACAUUAUACACUGCAGGAGGUGGAGGAGGGCCUGGCCCAACACAAACCGGUAUUGCUGUUCCUGGUCCACGGGGAGUCAUCCACUGGCGUGGUGCAGCCCCUGGAUGGUUUUGGGGAGCUCUGCCAUAGGUACCAGUGCCUACUCCUGGUGGACUCAGUGGCAUCCCUGGGCGGGGUUCCUAUCUACAUGGACCAACAAGGCAUUGACAUCAUGUACUCUAGCUCUCAGAAGGUCCUGAAUGCCCCACCAGGGAUCUCCCUCAUCUCCUUCAACGACAAGGCCAAAUACAAGGUCUACUCCCGGAAGACAAAGCCAGUCUCCUUCUACACAGACAUCACAUACUUGGCCAAAUUGUGGGGAUGUGAGGGCGAGACCAGAGUAAUUCAUCAUACCACACCUGUCACCAGCUUAUACUGCCUGAGGGAGAGCCUGGCACUCAUUGCAGAGCAGGGCCUGGAGAAUUGCUGGCGGCGUCACAGGGAGGCUACAGCACAUCUGCACAAACACCUGCAGGAGAUGGGCUUAAAGUUCUUUGUGAAGGAUCCGGAAAUCCGGCUACCCACAAUCACCACCGUGACUGUGCCUGCCGGCUACAACUGGAGGGACAUCGUCAGCUAUGUGCUGGACCACUUCAGCAUUGAAAUCUCUGGGGGUCUUGGGCCCACUGAGGAGAGGGUGCUACGGAUUGGCCUCCUGGGCUACAACGCCACCACUGAGAAUGUGGACCGUGUGGCCGAGGCCCUGAGGGAGGCCCUGCAGCAUUGUCCUAAGAACAAGUUGUGAGCAUCCUCUCACCAGACUAUGCCCUCCUGGAGGGGCUGGGAAUAUAGCAAGAACGAAAAGACUGUGCAAGGCCUAGAGCCAGCAAAGAUGCUGAUGUAGCCAGGCCAUGCCGGAAGGAGCAGGGUGAAGCUUCCCCUCUCCCUACAAAUGGAACCUUGUGGAAACAGGAUGCUAAACACCUUCUGAUGGAGCUGUUGCCUGCAGGCCACUGGUCUUUGGGAAUUUUCAAUAAAGUGCUUGCGAGGAAUCUCCUA